AUGGAACGUCCAUCUUCUACAGCCGUUGAAGUCGCCACUGCCAUGUCCGAAACCACUCCUACCAACACCCUCACAUCUCCUCUCCUCCGCCUCCCCGCUGAGUUGCGCAACAAGGUCUACACCUAUGUAGGCCACUCUGAACAGAUCCACAUUGCCGCGACCAUUACCAAUUCAAACCCUUCCAAAUUCACUAUGCAAUUCCACCUCCCAGGUCUCCUCUCCACUUGCCAACAGACCCGCUCCGAAGCUACCGCACUCGUAUACGCCCAAAUCACCAUCGACACCAUCCCUGGAGACGCAUGGUACUGGCUAUACUCGAAACGCUCACACAGCCUCUGCGCCCACGUAACUUGCUUACACAUCAGCGAAUGGUUUGCCAACCUCAUAGAGCGAGAAGUUGAUAAGCGCUUGAAAGACUCGCAAGAUGCCAAAUGCUGUACCUUGGACUUGCCACGUUUGGAGAGGGUGCGUGUUAUUUGUAGGGGCUGGAAUGUGGACUUCUGGUGUGAGUAUUCGAGGAAAGCGAUAAGAAAAUGGUUUGGGAAAGAGUCUCUGGUCAUCGUAUUCGAGACGGGCGUGGAUACUCGGUCUAAUCCCCCUGAUUCGCUCUUGGAAAAACGUGAGAUGUUUAGGGAUUACUCGCGGUCGAUAUAG